AUGUCUGACGCAUUGGUGCAGCUGGCAGAGAAUGUUAUUCUUCUUCAAAAGCUCAAUCCCGAGCCGGAAAAAGCUGGUACGAAUCCGGCCCCAAAGUUGCCGUCUAGUAAGAGGACGUUGAGUAUGAAACAUGAGCAAGCUAUUUUGGAAAGUCUUUCUUUUCUGCUGGCAUCAAGCGAUAAACCAGAUCGUAUCUUGGCUCUUUGCAUGGAGGAGAAACGCAAUCCUCCUGGCGUUAUCCUGAGCUACGCCGUAAACAUCGACGGCCAAGAGGUUCUCCGAGUUGGAAUCGACGGAGUUGCGAAGAUCUUGAAACGGGAAGCUUACGAGCAUGACGAACAGAACCGUGUAGCACUACGACACCAAAUAGCAUCACACAGUCAGUCUCGAUUGCUUCGUCGUCUUGACUCAACACAUCAAUUAUCAUCGCAAAGAAAUCUGAGCCCGAAAGUUUCUGUGGCAAUACGACUCCGGAGAGUUCUUGAGAGCUUCCAGGAUACCCACCGUGCCUUACCUUGCGAUCAUCAGGCUUUAUGGCCGCUGGCAAGGAGCCUCGAGGAGCAAUAUGGACGGCUCGAGAAACUAGCUCAAGAAGAAGCUCGAUCUGAGAAAGGUCUCUCACUGCUGAAGACCAUCCUGGACACUUUAGCAACCAUAUACACCAACCACAUGGAUGGACUAAAACAGGUCCUUAAUUUCCUCCCGUCGAAGGAGCCGUGGGACCCAAGUACAAAAUCUACUUUGAUACCAAUCAAUGACGCUGCAGAAACAAAGUUGCGCCAGCGGACCUCGACCGAUCUCAAAGCACUCCAUAACCAAAUCCGAACUCAAGUCAACGAGACCCGUUUCAGAGUCCAUGCAGAGAUGAAGCUUCUGCUAUACUACGAACAACAACAGAGCCAAAAUACUAUGCCUCCACGAGUAAUUGUUUCUAGUAAAAGUGCUUGCUUUCUCUGUGAUCUGUUCUUCAAACUCCAUGGCGGGUUCUAUACGCCUAAGACGCACGGCACGCUCUACGAGAAAUGGACACUUCCAGAUAUGGACCAGCUAGAAUCGCUGACACCACGGAAAAGAGCGUACUUGAAUGAUGUUUUGAUACAGCUCAACGCUACCAUUGAAAAUAAGAUUGUUGAAUCUAUCAAAGCGGGACCGUUGGCCCGGAAGCAUCCUAAUGAGAGCAUGAUUUUUCCUCUGCCUCCUUUCACAUCAUCCGCCGUCUCGAUUACAUCAACUGUCAGGCCAAAAUCCGGAGCUCUUGACCAAGGACAGGCUACCGGUCACUUUGAUCCUCCAGUAUCGAGGGCUACCAAUUUAACCCCGUCCUACAUCGCUGCAACCAAUUCGAUCGUCUUAAACCCUCAGCCAAGUGGCCACGAUCAUCCUGGUAUAUUGCGGCUUAAUAAAGUCAGCAGCCAGGAAGCUAAGGACAGCGUGGCCAUGCCAAUACGACGAGACUCAAUGUUCAGCCCGCCGCCGUCUUUUCUAUCACCCAUUACCUCGACUCAAAACGACUUCAAUGCGCCUUCAUCGAACCUCCUAGAGACAUCCGAACCUCAACCCGGGCUUCUCAAGGACAUCCCAGAAGAAACAGAGGCAGGUCGACUCACCAACGCAGAGCCCGCCGCAUCUAAAGAGAUAAUCCACCUUGACCCAGGUAUCAUCCAUCACCGCAUCUUCACAAAACACUCCCCUCCAAUCAAAUUCCACAGUCAGCACAUACAUGUUGAGCUUUCCCGCUCCUGUACCGAACAUAUUCUCUCACUUGACACGGACUCCGAAAGCAGUCGAAUAUCUGAAAAUUCUGACCUCUACGUCGCGGUAGAGCUUUUCACACCAGACCGUGCAUCAGAGACUGCUGAUGAUCCUGACCAGUACACUGUGGACAUGAGAUCAGACUGGCGGAAAUUGAGCGCUCAGAACGGUGUCAUGUAUUCUCCUAAUGGGCUCUUGCUAUGUAGGCGUGGUGAUGUAGUUUCCCUUAGAGUAUGUUUGCGAUGACCGGAGAAUGGCUAGGGAACUAAUAUGGAUGGGUGAUCAAAGGGGUAGCUCUACAAGCUAGUAGAGAUAGUUACGAUUCCGGUAUCUAUUUAAUAAGCAGAUCCAUAAAUAUAUCU